AUGUCAAUGCUCCUACGCGACUUCGUCGGCCUUAUGAACAAGGAUUGUCCCCAGCUUGCGGCGACUCUCACGGUGGGCGACUUUGUGCGAUUCGCAUCACUGGCCGCCAAGGUCCAGAAAACCGCAGGCGUCUCCCUAGCCCUCACACCAACCCGAACAAGCAUCAUACCCUUCCUCUCAUUGGCUUUGCAACCUCAAUGCUUGGACGAAUCGAUGGUUCAUCUAUGGACUAUAUUGUUCUACCUGUUACCUGAAUGUCUGAUCGACUCCGCUGCUGCAAUCCGCGACUUUGGUCUGACACCUGCUCUCACCACGAAAAUUCCUGAAUUCUUUCUACGGGCUCCACUGUCGCACUGUGACAUAUGUAAGGAAAAGUCAACCCUGCACGUCCAUUCGCGCAUUGACGGAUACUUAUAUGACAUCGAUGGCCCCCACCCGAUUCAGACUGUUAUCUUGUGCUGCUCCAACUCACGCUGUGGGACUUAUUACAGGCCGAGCUACUACACUCAAGAUGGCCUCCGCAUUUACUACUCACCGGACAUGGGCCGCAACACACACUUUCUCCACAUCCACUGUCAUUAUUACAUGACUACGCGGUUGGCAUUCAUGUUCCGAGUUCUGCAGAUGUUGGCUCAUGUGUCUCAUUUUAAUCUCGUGAAUUGGUACAACGAGGUGUUUGUCGAUGGGACUCCGAUUCCAACCUUUGUUGCCGACCAGUCAUUCACCCCUUCCAUGUCAGAGGAAGUAUGCCGAGACAGGCUCAUACUUCAUUCUCUAAUGACCCACUCGGACCAAAGAGGCACUCAGCUCGCAGUCUCCUCGAGUGGCAACGAUACAAUCCGCUUUGACUCGGCAAUUGAAAAUCAUUUGCAACUCUUAUCAGUCGAAGGAACUAGGUUCCGUGACCAUUAUUGUUCCCUAUGUGUCCGAGUGUUAUCAGAGGUGGAUCCAGCAUCCGGGGAAGAGUCUUGCAAAGGAUUGAGUGGACUUUUGGUUCCAUCUUAG